CCCCCCCCCCCCCCCAAAUUUUUUUUUUUCCCAAAAAGAGGAAACUUUUUCUUCUUGUUUGGGAAUGUGCAAAAAUUGAAUGUUGGGAACAAAAUUUGGAGAUUUGGGGAAUAAAUGAUGGAUUCAACACUGACAUUGUUUCAAAAUUCAGACCCCAUGAACAUAUCUACUACAACCACCAUUGUAUCUUAUGGCUCUUCUUCCUUUUUAACAAAUUGUACCCUGCUCUCUGCUCUCAUUGCUUUUGUCCUUGCACAAUCCAUUAAAUUCUUCACUUCUUGGUACAGGGAAAAACAUUGGGAUCUAAAGCAACUUGUUGGAUCUGGUGGGAUGCCGUCGUCUCAUUCAUCAACCGUGGCUGCUUUAGCCACAGCUGUUGGUUUGCAAGAAGGCUUUGGAGGAUCCCUCUUUGCUACAUCAUUAGUUUUAGCAUGUGUGGUGAUGUAUGAUGCCACAGGUGUAAGAUUACAUGCUGGACGUCAAGCAGAGGUUCUGAAUCAAAUUGUAUGUGAACUUCCUGAUGAACAUCCUCUUGCAGACAGCAUGCCACUGCGCGAACUCCUUGGUCACACCCCCCCUCAGGUUGUUGCCGGUGGAUUCUUGGGAUUGGUCACAGCAACAAUUGUCUGGUUGAUCACGGGCUCUGGAUAUAGAGCAUGAUAUUAAAGAGGUUGUUGUGACCAUUGAAAUAGAAGGCAGUUAUGCUACCAAAUCUUGCAGAUAGUUUUGUUCCACCUAUGGAUUGCGCCACAUGAGUUUUUUGUAGUCAACUGAAUCCUUUUUGUCCCUGAAAUGUAUAGUUAUCCAUUAUAGGAGUUUAUACACAUUGUAAAUAUUGAUUUUUUGGAAUUUUGGCUACAAGAAACAGCAAUAUUGUACUUUUAACUCUGGUAAAAUGAAAGUUAUUCCCUUUGGUUGUGGAUUGUA